UCAUCGCGCGUCAUCAACCCGGCCCGUGCGCUAUAUAAACCCCAACACGGCACCGCUCUGGAGUAGAUCUGCGAGACAGAAGCUCACGACUUACAAGCGAACCCGAACCCCGGUGACGAUGAAGGCGAUCAGCCCAGUGUUGCCGAUGCGGAGGACUCACGUCAGCUCUCACGCGCAGGAUCUCGGGAUCUGGAGAAGUAAGAGCGCGUGGGACGAGCCGCUCGGUGUGCUGUGCGACAUGAACGACUGCUACAGCCGCCUGAAGGAGCUCGUGCCCAGCCUGCCGCAGGACCGGAGCGUCAGUAAGAUGGAGAUCCUGCAGCAUGUCAUCGAUUAUAUCCUGGACCUCCAGAUCGCGCUGGACUCCAGCACGGCUAACGCGAGUCCACAAGCGCAGAGGCGUCCAGGUCAAGCAGGCGGUUCCUCCAGUCCUGAAUCCGACCUCAGCUCCUUUCAGAUAAGUCACUUUGCGAGAGAAAUGAACACAGAUGACCAGAUAACGAUCUGAAGUGUGUUUAGGUGUAGAAGCCAUGUUGCGUAAGCCUAGGAUCCUUUGUAGUGAUGUAGAGAGUGCACUUGCAUGGAGAUGGAACUUGGGACUCGGAAGGACCCAUCGUGUUUACGUAUGAUGGUUUAUACAUGGACAGAUUUCAAAUUUAUACAUGUCAGGAUGUCCUAAGACCGUGGUGUAGGUAGUGUGGGAUUGCUCGGGGUUUCCACGGCUGCACCAACAGGUCCGGAUGUCUACCUUCUCUAAACACACCUCUCUCUCUCUCUCCUUCUCUCUCUCUCUCCUUCUCUCUCACACUCUGUCUGUCUGAAUAUUUUGCAGGUGUUUCUCUGGAGCAAAAACAGGACCCUCUUUUCUUUUCUUUUUUUCUUUUCUUUUUUUUUUUGGUUGUUAUCCUUCCGUGUACUUUUGCCUGGACAUCGUCUUGACUGACACGGAUUUCCCUCAAACGGAGAUAAACCAUUCUGUAUGUCUGAUUUAUAUUUAUCUGCAGGCCAUACACGACCUUUCUUCCAAAGGAAGACCUCAUUACAGGACUGAGAGAACCAGUUGUUUAGAAAAUAAAGAAAGGGAAAAA